UCGUGCGUGGCUCGGGCGGCGAGGGAUCUCCCACACUGCCCAGCCAAGCCUAUAAAUGGCCCUUAGCAAACGCACGCGCGGUUUCUUGCCAUUCUGGAUUUCGGACAGCUUAGGUGGGGGCACAGCGCCGGCUGCGAGACAUGACGUCUCAUAUAAAGAUCUCGUCGCUGAUCCUGCUAGCAUGCUGCCUCGCGCUAGCUUCAAGCCAUGCCGGGUUGGAACACGCCACAGAGCAACACGUGUAUGCGGGCGGAGAAGACUUCCCACAUGGCUUUGUGGUGCGUACCAUCCACGAGGGAGAAGACCUACACGGCCAUCGGGGCCGAGGCUACGGCCAUGGCCAUAGGGACUACGUGAAUGAACCGGAGUACGUGGUGCGCAGCCCGUAUGGUGCCCUUCUUCAGCAGUCAGAAUCGCAACACAUGUACGCCACCGGUGCGGCGUUAGGCCUCGGAGGAGCCUUGGGUCACGAGCAUGCACACUUCUUUCCGGGGCACAUGAGUGAUUACCUGAUGGCAAGAUGAAGUCUCCAACCUGGCUGUGGACAAACUGAAUGCUGCUUCUAGAAGAUGCCACGGGACGCUGACAACCACCUCCUUAGGAGUGUCUGCAACGCCACCUCAUGCAGAAUCGACCUAAUAUACUUGCCAUAAAGCACCAUCAUAUUUUGUAAUAUAGAAAUCAUCAGUCAUAACAAAGCUCUCUCUGUUGUUAAUAAACUUUCAGCUCGUUAGUUUCAUA